UUCAGCGUCAGCCCCUCGGACGCGCUCGGAGAAAAGCGCUCAGACAGGGAGUCCGCCGCCCCUCUCACAGUCCAUGCCGAGUCCGUGAGGAUGAAGUUUGUAAACGGGAAACGUGUAACGCCGGCGAAUGGAGAGGAUUCACAGCUUUCAGCCAAGUUCAGGAACCCUUUUAUGCACGAGUUGCGACUCACUGCUCUCCAGAAAGUCAAGAUUGCAGUGAUGACGGUCACCCUUUUCCCAGUGCGAUUGCUCUUUGCUGCCUUUAUGAUGUUGCUGGCAUGGCCGUUUGCCUUCGUGGCCACCGUGGGCCUCUCUGAGGAUGCAGUAGAGCCGCUGUCGUGGUGGAGAUGGCUGGUGGACCUGGCCCUGAAGGCCAUCAUGAGGGCAAUGUGGUUUUCCGGAGGUUUCCAUUGGGUGCGGGUGAAAGGCAGACCAGCUCUGCCCAGUGAAGCGCCCAUCCUAACACUGGCACCACACUCUUCAUACUUUGAUGCCAUCCCUGUGACAAUGACCAUGGCCUCCAUCGUGAUGAAGGCAGAGAGCAAAGACAUUCCUGUCUGGGGCACGCUGAUAAAGUUUAUCCGGCCGGUGUUUGUGUCCCGCUCAGAUCAGGACUCUCGUAGGAAGACAGUUGAGGAGAUCAAACGCAGAGCUUUCUCUGCAGGAGAGUGGCCUCAGAUAAUGAUAUUUCCAGAGGGCACAUGCACCAACCGAUCCUGCCUCAUUGCAUUUAAGCCUGGUGCAUUUAUUCCAGGUGUUCCAGUCCAGCCGGUAGUCCUGCGGUAUCCCAAUGAAGUGGACACGAUCUCUUGGACAUGGCAGGGACCUGGAGCGUUUAAGAUUCUAUGGCUUACGUUGUGCCAGCUACAUAAUUCUAUAGAAAUAGAGUAUCUCCCAACAUACACUCCUUCAGAAGUAGAGAAGAGGGACCCGGCUCUGUUUGCCAGCAAUGUGAGGCGUAUCAUGGCCAAAGCUCUGCACCUGCCCAUCAUCGACUACUCAUUUGAGGAUUGCCAGCUUGCAAUGGCCAAAGGCCCUCUGUGUCUGCCCAGCCACACCUGCCUGCUGGAAUUCUCCAGGCUGGUGCGUAGACUCGGGUUGAAGGUGGGAGUGACGGAUCAAAUCCUUCAGGAGGAGAGCGGCAGAGCACGGAGACUUUGUGGAGGGAAAAUAAGCCUGGAAAGUUUUGCAAAAUAUGUAAAUCUACCUGUGACAGAAACAUUGCAGGAUGUCUUUGCCCUCUUUGAGGAGCAUGGUCAGAUGGAUGUGAGGGAAUAUGUCAUUGCUCUGUCUGUGGUCUGCAGACCCUUCAGACAUCUGGACACCAUUCAGCUGGCCUUUAGGAUGUUUGAGGCUGAAGAGGACGGGGCUAUUGUAGAAGAUGAAUUGGCUGUCAUUCUGAAAACAGCUCUCGGAGUGGCAGACCUCACUGCGUGUGAUGUCUUCAGAGCUGUUGACACUGAAGACAAAGGAAAGAUCACAUGUGAUGAUUUUCGCCGGUUUAUGGAGAGAUGUCCAAACUUCGUGGAGCUUUACUGCUGUUUCCAUCAUCUGGCCACUCUCGCCUGUUCUGAACACCCAGAACCCAUAACCAACAGCUUCUGUUCUGACUUCAGCCUUCAGGAACAAACCACAUCCAAGAACUCAAACAGCAAGAAGCACGACUGAGAGCAGCUCUGAUGAUGAUGAUGAUGAUGGUGAUUGUGUGUGUGUGUGUGUGUGUCUGAGUGCAUGUAAAUAGCAGAGUGUGAGUAUAAGUAAGAGAACGAUUGAGAAUUUUGCAUUUUGCAGGAUUUGGGUGAUCUAUCCAUUCCAAUGUUCUUUAAUAUAUGUUUUUUCCCUCAACACUUUAUUUCAUCUUGCAUUGUACUCACAGAUAUUCAGAAAGAUGGUUUUUAGGUAAAAAUUUAAUUUGCAUUGAUAUUUUUUUUAUUUGAGAUAAAUAGUCUAUUUAUUCCAGGCUUUCUCUACAAAGAUUCAUUUUGUCUAUAAUUUCAGACUGAUAUUAAUACAGGUACAUCCAAAACCCUUUAAGUAUAUGCUUGUGUUCUUUAAUGUGGAGGUUCUUGUAAUAAAAAGCUGAUUAUUGACUUUACAUGCCGAGCAGCCAACACUUAAGAAUCCAAGUAAUUCACCAUCAGAUAUUUUAGGUCUGAGUCUCUGGUUGCUCUUAAAUAAGUCACUGUUCAUUCUGUGCCUUAAAGUCCAGAAGUUACUGCUUACAACUUUGAAGGUCAAGUACAUCAAUCCGUCUGUCUUCCGUUCAACCCAAAUCCUUUUUGAAAUCAAAAAUCGAAUAUCAAAAGAAGCAUUUACAGGCAGCUGCAAACAUCUGCAGACCAGUCCUAUUUUUCGCCUCCAGUUAUUUCCCGGUGAGCCUACUGGAAGCAGUGGUGGUGAGAGUACAGUGCUAAUCUACUAAACUGACAACACAG